AUGAUGGAACCCAGGGCUGCUCAGAGAGGAAAGGGGUGGAGUGCUGGGAGGAACAGCAGCCAGUGGAGUAGGUUUGGCUAUAAAGAGCUAGGAAAAGGGAGAGAGACAGCAUUUCAGCCUGCCUUUGAGUCUUCAGCAAACUUGGCCAUGGCAGAGGGACGGGUCCAGUCACUUCAUUACUCCAUAGGGCUCCUGGGCAUUGCUUCAGGAUCCCUCUUGCUAGCUGUGUACUCCUACAGCUUCACCAGCCCAGCCCCUCUGAUCCCCAGCACGGCUCUGGGCAUCCUUCUGUUUGUUAUAUCAGCUCUCUUGGCAUAUGCAGGAGUUCAGAAGAGCCUGAGAAGUGCCCCCUUGUUCAAGUCGCUGUGUCUGAUCAUCUCAGUGCUGUGGUGCAGCUAUGGAGUCAUCCACAUCCUGGCAGGGCAAGGGGUCCUGAAUGGCAUUGAUGAUUUCCGCAAUGCCGUUGUGCCUGGCCUGGCAACAUUUACUUUGGGGCUCCUCAUCAUUGGGGUGGUGGGCAUCCUUCAAAGAGAGCUCAUCCUUGCCAUGGUUGCUUCUUGCAUUUCGCUUGCCUGUGCCCAUGAAAUUGCCAUGCUUUAUAACACAGCUUUUGGUUCCUCGGCAGUGGCUUGCAAUUAUAUGAUUGUCUGCUUCAUUGGGGGCUAUUUUGCUAUGGGGAGGGGUCUUUAUUUCCUCAGCAAGGAGAAAAUCACCCUUCCUGGCACAGAUCUGGCCAAGAGCAAGACCAAUGAGCAGGUCCAGGCCAAUGGUGCCAACACAAAUGACUUGGCAGUCAUUGGUCUGAUCUUGAACAUGCUGUCUGCCAGCGUCUUUGGCUGCAGGCUCCUGGGAGUGACCAGCAAUCUAUUUGUGGGCCAAGUACCUUGGCUUUGGGCAGCUGGGAUUUACCAGAUUGGGGUCUGCAUUUUCUCUUACCGGGCCCUGGAUACAUUGGCUGCCACGUUCUUUGGUUUCACCUCGGUGUUGAAAUUUGCUGGAGGCUAUUCUCUCCUGUACCGGAUCUGGCAGCAGGAUGAGCCGGUUUUCCCUUUCUUGGUGGUUUUCGCUAUCCUCUUUGCUGUCUUGGCUCUUUUCAUCACCAUUAAAAGCCUGGUGGAUGGCCUGUAUUUGCUCUUUUAUGUGGCCUACUGCAUCGCCCUAGCCUGUCGCCCUCAUGGUUUUUUUGAAGGUGGUCCCCAAGGUGUGGAUGUGGCCAUCUUUGUGGCCUCAGCCCUUAUGGCUCUCAUUUACCAGUACAACAUGAAGGCAAGUGCCAAAAUCCCUACAGGGGAGGGAACGGUCCAGGCCUUGCUCUCCCGCAGCAGUCAUCUCAAACUUCGUGAAGGGAAAGACCUUCAUGCUCCCUACCUUGGCUAUUCCAAGUAUGCCGAUGCCGAGGUGCUUGGCUUUGCAUGCAGCGUCCUUGCUUCCUUUGCUAUCACGAUGACAGUGGACCCAAGGGCACCACUUGCUACCAUUGUCAUACCCUGGGUGGUGGUAGCCGGAGGGAUCCUUAAGCUUUUAUGUGGUUCAGUGGCCUUUGCCCGUGGUAAGACCUUGGAGAGCAGUGCCUUCAUUCUCUAUGGGGUCAUGUGGAUCAUCUGGGGCUUAGCCAGAUAUGGUGGUCUCUAUGGCACUAGCAGGGGCUUCCAAGUAGCUGUAGGCAUCAUUGCCCUCAUGCUUGUCAAUUGCUUCAUUGUCUUCUGCACUCUCUUCCUAAGCAUUUCCUGGUUCAUUUACUCCCUCACCUUCUUACUCAUACUCAUCAGCUUCUUGCUGGAUGCAGUCAACGCCAUCCCAGCUGGCUAUGAUAUUGCUGUCACCAUCAUCUUUGGGCUGGCCAGCUUCUACUGCUUCCUGUCUGCUCUUUUCAACAGUACCUUUGAAGGUUCCCACUUCCCUGUGGGUAGGCCUAUUGUGAAACUCAGUGGUGUUGGGGGAGGAAGCACCAAAUGCCUUCACUUGCCUGCCAGGAAAGCUUCCUCAGUCAAGCAAAUUGCAGAGAUCAUGAAGAAUGGAGGAGCUUGUGGCAUCCCCACCGACACAGUGUAUGUUCUGGUGGCAGCCUGCAAUCGACCUGAUGCCGUAGAGAAAGCUUACAAGUCUAAGCGCCAGGCUCAGGAUCGCCCCAUGUCACUUUGGAUUUCUAGUCUGAAGCAGCUCGAACCUACGAAGCAUUUGUUCAACCCCAUGCUGUGGGAAUUCAUGGCGGCUGCCUGGCCAUCUCCCAUUAGUCUGGUGGUUCCCAGAGGGAAAUGGGUGGACUUCCUGGGGAUGAAAGACUCUGCCAAAUAUGUCGGUACCUCUCAGAGCAUUGCCAUCCGUAUCCCCGACUGCUCCGUCACCACACAUCUCAUUGAUCUGGUUGGCCCCAUUGCAGUCACAUCAGCCAAUCCAACUGGAGAAGCAGAUACCACUCACCACAAUCAGGUGUACGCCAAACUGGGAGACAAGGUGGAUGCAGUUCUAUGCGAUGGGCCUUCUCCAGAGAACAUUGCCUCAACUGUUGUGGACUGCACCAAGAUUGAGAGUGGAAACAUAGGGUUCUUCAGGGUUGGCAUUGUUCCGAAAUCCCAGGUACUACAGAUUCUGGAGCAAGUGCAGAGGAAACACAUGCAGGGCCAUACCAAUGGCAGCAUUGCAAUGGCGGGCCGGAAGAAGCAGCAGCACCUCUCCCAUGCCAUCUCCAAUGGAAUACAUGCUGCCAGCCCAGAAGAGAGCACAUUGACAUCAUUCACUAACAGUGCGUUCAGCGCUGAUGAAGAGGGAGCAAAGCUCUGAGCAACCCAGUUACACAUUCACCUGGGAAGGGCUUUCCAGUAAGUGACAUGCAGAUAAAAAUAGAGGAGAUCCUGGUCUUAGGUGCAGCAAAUCCACCCUUCUAUGGAUACUGCUAAACUGUCCCUGCCUGGGGGUGAUUUAUAACCCAGGAACGUACACUGUUAGUUUUCAUCUUUGGAGUCCACCAGAUUUCACCAAAUACGAUCUAUGAUCAAACAGUCUUACUGGAGUGAUUUACUGGCCCAGGUCCCUCUUCAAGGGUUUAUUCUUCACCCCAAUUUGAAGACUGGUCAUAUGGCCUCUGAUUUGGGAAAGUCUUUCUGUUCAUGUUACUUAUAUUGAUUUGUUUAGGAGGGAACCCUACAUGAAACAAGUGGUGAACCCUGCCCCCCUCCCCAGAAUAGACCUUUUCAGAGGCUUGAAUCCAGGGGUCAUGAGUGCAGUGUAAAUAUCAAGGUUGAUAGGAGAUGUCCCUGGAUGUUGGCACCUUCUUCCAAGAAAGACAGGUACCUAAAGUUUAGCUACUUGGCUCAAAAUGAAGAUUGCAGAAGUAGUGGAGUUUCAGGAAAGACCCUCCUUUCUGAGGGAAUGAUAUCGCCCUGGGAGCUGACAGUGUCUACACUGCAGGCACAUUUUUGAAGGAUCAAAUGCACUUAAACCUGAGAAUGCAGAGCCAGACCCUUGUAUUGAUUUUUCAGUUUGCUGGCUGAACCAAACAAAUGUUUCAGGUCAAAACGGACAUUUUAAUUUUUAGAAUGAAAUGUUUUGUUUCAACUUUUUAAAAAUAAAACUGAGGUAAAUUUAGAAAUGCAAAGUUGUUUCGAACUGAAGAAUCAAAACGUUUCAUUUUGAAAAUGUCAGAAUCAAGCAUUUCAGUUUUUUUCAACAUGAAUUCACGAAAUGUUUCGUUGAGCCGAAUCUGUGGCUUUCAUUGUAUACUGUAAUGAUGCACAUUUGUACAGCAAGUUUCAUGGCUCUGGUGCAGGUUCUAUAUGGAGUAGUGGAUGCUGAGCUAGGGGAGGAGAACAGGAGAUUCAAACUCACAUGAGAAGUUGUUCACAGGAUGAACCCUAGCUGGAUAUGGGAAUUCAGCCGUUAUUGUUGCCUUCACCUGCCCUUCCUCUUUCCAGCCAAACAACUCUUGAGCCUGAUUCUGAUCUCACUUUGAUCGGUGUGAAGACCUGAUCAAACUCCAGCUAAUGUCAAUGGAAAGGACCUUGCUGACUUCAGUGGGAGUUUGAUUGGUCUUUGAACUGGGCGUUAAAUUCAGUGAGGUCUGUGGAAUUAUAGUGGUAUACAUUUCACAAAUCCAGAGGAUCGGUGCUACACCCGCAGCUUUGGAAAAGUCUCUUGGAGGAACACAUCUGAUGUGCCAGACCCCCAAGGGGUCUCACUCUUCCAUCAUGGUAGGCCAAGUGGCUUCACCGCCUCCUUAGACUGAGUCUCCGGGGCUCCAGCACUCCUGCUUCACAUACUGAGCUCCGUCCAGCAAGUGCAACUGCUGAAAUAGACUCCUGGUAGAGAGUUGUACACGCCUCAGGGAUUAGUGCACCUCACCCAGUAUUUACAGUGACAGUCAGGCAGUGUUGUCAAAACAGUCGAGUUUAUCAGUAAACUAGAACACACUAUAAGAAGUCCUUAGGUUAGCACAGAGAAAUGAAGGUUAAAACAGAGUCCGUUCUGGUUAGCCCAGAGCCCAACCAAGCUGUAGUGAGGCUCCAUUUUCGCAUAUCCCCCACCUCACACCUCUCAGGCUUUUGUUCUUAACCUAGGGGCUUUGCUCAGCUUCCCUGCUGAGAGACAGGGAAAUCCAUGAAUCAUUGGAGCUUGCACUGUCUCUCUGGCCCCCUUGUUGAUUUGGGUCAGGUUCAACCAGUUCCAACUCUCCAUCCCCUCCCGGCAGGGAGUUGACACUCACCUAUGUAGCUUAGUCUGCCCUGAGAGCAAAUUUAAUCCCUUCCCUGCGACUGGAUAACAAUGUGGCAUAUGGGGAAACUGAGACACACAUAGGAAUCAUAAAAAAUAUUACAUCAGUUCCCACUUUGUUACACUACUGAGAGCACAAUUAGGCCUUCUUGACUUGUUGAGGAGAGGCAAAGACAGAAUGUUGUAUCAUUGACUUAGUUAAUUUAUUUUGCAGAGUUUCUCACUGUAACUGGUUUUUUUUACUGAUUUUUCAAAAAAUCAAUAAAACAUUUCUAAUAAAAUAUACAGCUUGUAACACUGAACAGCAUUACCAUGCAUGGUGAUAUCAGACCAUCUGCAAACCAGGAGCCAUGGCUCUGAAAUGAAUUUAAACACUUCACAGUGUGGUGGAAAAAUUAACCACGCAUUGUGUUUGGCUCAGAACCACGCCUGAGGCUCCAUUAUUGAUUACAAGCGCAGGGGGGGGUAACAGCUCUAAGUAGCUGCCCCCCCGAUGCAAAGCACACACAGCUUUUUAAAGCUUAAAACCACAGACAAAUUACACAGACUUUCGACUUAAUUACCUUAUUUGGAAUAUAGGAAAACAAGCUUUUCCUGUUAUUGACAGGUGUUCUUUUGCGGUUAACAUUUCUUAAGCUGUGCUGCUGCAAUUGCCUUACAAUGGAAUUUUCCACACUUUUUUCUUAUGCUUCAUAUACACAAUUAGCUUGACCAAAGUUUUAGGCCUACUUGGGAAGUUUAGGACUACUUGGGUCCACUGAAUUUUUCCUCCACAACAGUGCCCUAAUCUGUUAUCCGGAUACCCCUCAAGAAUGUAGGGAAUUGUUCAUACCUUCCACAAAAGCUGCCCAUGUCUCAAAUAGGAGAGAGGUCAUAGAUAACAUCAAAAUUCAUCUGUGGGACGGUUUCAAUAGGAUUGCACUUUGAAUGUAAACUCUUUGGGGCCUUUUGUUCUGUGUUUGUACAGCACCUAGCACAAUGGGGUCCAGGUCCAGGACUAGGGCUACUAGGUGCUAAUAAUAUGCUAAUAGUAUGCUAAUAAUAAUGCCCCUGGGAUGAAGUGGGCCCCAUUCCUUCACCAGGUUACAUAACAAGCAGGCAUCUCUGAAGAAGAUAAAGUCCAAGGUGAGGCGUUUCUGAAGAUGGUUAACCCAGAAAGGUACCUAAGUAUCACAGACCUCUUCCCCAAGGACAUCUAAUAGGGAGUCCCAAUGGUGAGGUUCUGGAUUCAUUGUUGUUAUGCACCUUGAAUAGUCAUUUAUACCAGUGAGUUCAAAGUGGGUUGAAAACUCUGGCCCCUCUCAAAAACCGCAGUCUGGAUCCUUUCCUCCUCUUCAGGACAGCUCCCAUUGGCCAAGUGGCCAACCCCCAUGAUGUUAAAUUAUGUCCUUGGCCUCCUUUAAACCCUUAAGUCCAACUGGAAAGACUCACAAUUUCCUCAUGUUGCUCAACAGUGUCCUCUUCUGGCUCUGUAGAGAAGAGUGUUAAUGAGCUCCAGAGGGCUUCCCUUCCAGCCCUGCUCAGUGGGAAGGGUGUUCGGUGUACCACAGGGCCACAGGCCAGGUAGGGAAUGAAGGGGAUGGUUAGGGAGCUCAGAACUCCAUCAGAGGGAGGUGAUUAAAGUAUACCAUGACAUCAUCAGUGAUGAGCACAUAAGUCCAUAGGUUUAGAAGGUCCAUAGGUUCAUUUUGGUUCCAUCUCUGAAUAUCUUGGGCCUGAAAACUUUGGCUGGAAAUCACAUAUGAGAUUUCCAACACUUCUUCUUCCUGGCUAGGGUUCAGAAGGGCCUUCCCAGCAGCACUUUGACCUUUGCAGUCCCAGGAGUGCAGAGGCAGCCAUGACAAUGAAAAAAAAAAACCAACACAAACAAGUAUUUGUCAUUCUUAGGAAAGAUCAGCUUCACCAUCUGCUCCCUCGUAUCUGAUCUGUUGGCAAUGUUGGGGGCACUGGGCAUGGCCACUAGGUAACUCGAGGGGAUGGAAGACCACGAGUGUCGAUGAAGCCCCCUCGCACUAGGCCCAAGUGACCUUGGCCCUCCCGCCUGGAGGCACUUGCAGCAGUCAUACUGAGCAUUCUGCAACAAUAUGUUGCAAGCGCAGACUGUCUAAAACUGAACAAGGCCAGACAGGGCAGAUAUGGCAAAACAAUGCUGAACAAAACAACUCCAUAUAUAGUUUAACAGAUGGUACAAAGAAAAAGGGCACUAGCUGGUAUACCGGAUUGGCUGGCUAUAUGGAUACUUAGGGCAGCUUGUUAUUAAAUAAAUAUGCUAAAAAAAAAGGAUGUAUAAAAGCCUGUGUAACUUCCUGCUCUGGGUGCAGGAUUUGAGAUUAAUGUCUCCCUGUACCACUUGAAGCUUCAAAUAAACUUUUCCGCUUCUCCACCACGUUGUGAUUAUUGGGCGACUCACACUGGGCAACGAACCCUGCUGUUGCUUGUCUCGGGCACUCUGUGCCGGCAACAGCUUUUGGCGUCCCUGGGUGGGCGACGAGGCUGCUAUUUAGCCUUGCCCGGACCCCUCCCGGCGCUCGAGGAUUACGGCAACAACCGACGCCCAGUGCACACCGGUGAGUUCAUCGGGGGCCUCGGAGGAGAUGCGAUUUGAUCGACCCCGGAGGGCACAACGGUGCAACGCACUCAUAUAGUGGAGAAGCAGCUGCGGGUGACGGUGGGGAACCGGUCUCUUGGAUAAGGUAGGAACCUCUUGAAAUCUGGAUUGUAUGCUCUGUUGGAACCUGGGGACGCCCAGAGUUACCCUGUAGGCAUGAGACAGGGACAGAGCUCGCGAGGUAGGGCACAGUGUACGCCCUUAGAGUGUAUCCUAGCAAACUGGAAGGUAUUUGGUUCAGAUCCAAUGACUAAGAGUCAAUUAAAACGAUUCUGUAUGGUUGACUGGCCUCAAUAUCAACUAGAGGACCAGGAGUGGUGGCCACCGGGAGGGUCAAUUAAUUACAACACGAUCCUCCAGUUACUUCUGUUCUGUCAGCAAACAAAAAAUUGGAAUGAACACAUGUAUGCGCAUUUGUUUCUGUCUUUGUGUACUUGAACAGAUAUUUUACAGCAAUGUAAUUUGACUCCAACUGGUUCGGUAGCAGCUACUGUUAGUCCCCAGACCCCCACCCCCACUGUAAUGGCAGAUCCGGUGUCCCCUUUGGCCCCCACACCCCCACCUUGUAAGGGUAGGAUACCUCAGGUUACAGAGAUUGCCCCCUUGGUGGGACUCUAUCCUUUGAUUACCGAGACUGUUGUGGCUUGCCCAGAGGCAGACGGACAUCAGGCUACCACCAUGCAAGUUUACACCCAUGUGCCAUUCAAUCCAAUAGACUUAGCAGCUUUUACAACACAGGCUGGGGAAUUCUCAACAAACCCAAGCUGGUUUAUUUCAGUCUUUGAGGAGUGCUUCAGUAGUCACAAGCUGGAUUGGGACGACUGUAAUAUCCUCCUGAGAACCCUGUUAUCUGAGGUAGAGCAAAAUCAGGUUACAGCUAAGGCAAGGGGAGCGUCAGCUUUCACGCGAAAGAAAGGAAGCUAUCUGUCAAGUCCCUACCCCAAGCACUCGUAAACGGCUCAGAGCUUUUCUGGGUAUGGCCGGCUUUUGCAGGAUAUGGAUCCCAGAGUUUGGACUAUGGGCUAAACCCCUGUACGACUGUGUAAAAGGAGCAGAUCAUGACCCCUUCUAUUGGACCCCAGAGGCCGACAGGGCAUUUAAAAUCUUAAAAAGAAAGCUGAUAAAAGCUCCAGCCCUGGGCCUGCCGGAUCUCUCUAAGCCAUUUCAAUUGUAUAUACACGAACAAAAAGGGGUGGCCCUGGGAGUGCUAACCCAGUUGUUGGGGACCUGGAAACGUCCUGUGGCUUAUUUUUCUAAGCAACUGGAUCAGGUUGCAAAGGGUUGGCCGGCAUGUUUACGGGCAGUCGCAGCUACUGCCCUAGUGCUUGAGGAAGCUGAGAAGCUAACAUUGGAAGGGAUUAUGCAAAUCUAUACUCCCCAUAUGGUCCGAGCCCUGCUAGACACAAAGGGUGGGCUCCGGCUCACCCAGGCUCGGAUUGCUCGGUAUCAGGCUAAGCUGUUAGCGAACCCUGAAGUCACCUUACAGCCUUGC